AACAAACAAACUCUUCAGCUUUAUAUAUUAGUAUAGAUUCUCCUUCACAAUCAAAGCUUACGAUCUCAUUUCUCUGAUAUCCAACAUAAAUACAAGUACAAUAACAAAGACACAUUCUUUCUUUAAUACAUACUGUAUAUCAAUCUCUUACCAGGACUCCAUUCCUCUGAAGGAGAUGGUUCGAGAGGAGUCCGCCACAGAAGCAGAGGUCAAAGAAGAGAUCGUAGAAGAUACACACACGGAGACAGAUGACGAUACUCCUAUGGAGUUAAGUCGCGAAGAAGAGAAGGACGGAAAGAAAAAGAGAGAUUACUCUCGUAAGAAGAAGAGUGAUUCUAGAACCUGCUCAGGGUCGGAGAGUGCGGCGGAGGCCAGCGCCCCCGAGUCCCCGAGCACCAACGACGCGGAGAGGCAACACCGGCUGUGGAAGAAGUCCGUCAUGCUGGUCUACAGCAGACUAUGCGCCCACAAGUACGCGUCGCUGUUCCUGCGGCCCAUCAGCGACGAGGAGGCUCCCGGCUACAGCCUGGUCGUCAAGAGGCCCAUGGACUUCAACACCAUACGGAAGAACAUCGACUCGGGAGUUAUAAGGACGACAGCUCAGUUCCAGCGCGACGUGUUGCUGAUGCUGUCCAACGCGCUCAUGUACAACAGCAGCGAGCACAGCGUCUACACCAUGGCCAAGGAAAUGCACGCUGAGGCUCUGGGCCAGCUGGGCAUGUUGCUGGCCGCGCAGGCUCACGCGGGGCUGGUGCAGGUCCCCGCCAGGAGGAAGAGGAGGAGGGACCACGCCGGGGGGCAGCCCCCACACAAGCGGACUCACUAGGGGGGGCAGCCGGGCAAGUGGAUAUACUAGGGGGGCAUCAUCAACCAGAGUCACGUAAAGUAUGUGCGAGCGAUCCCGUGACUCUGGC